UGAUUCUAGGAGAUAUAUAAUGCACUGGAAAGUUCUGUAAUGAACCAGAAAUGUCAGAAAGCAUAACGUUAUGAAACGUCUUGAGUUAAACAAUGUUUGCAGGUUAAAUGAACAACGGGAUCCCAGACAUAAACAAGUACAAUGAUGUUAUAAACAGACCUAUUUAACGCGAACUUUUUGUAAAGUCUAAUUUAGAAAAGUUGGUGAAAACUAUUUUUUACAAUUAUGUGUCCUCCCCUUUAGGUAAUUUGUCCAGGCUUUCAUCAACACUCGCUGUAAGCAGAGUUUAAUAUUAGAACUACUCUUCAUACUCCGUAUAAUAUAAAAUGAUUUAGGCAAAGAAUAUUCUUAGAUUAAGUUAUAUUACGCACCGAAAUCGUAAUGCACGGUCUGUUAUUUUUGUGAGCUAUUGAAGAGUUUGACUGAGUAAAAUCAACUGAAGUUUUAUUUUAAAUGUUUAAAAAUACUUGGAUGCUUACUUUAAAAUUUUGGUAUCAGAAGAGUUCCAGUAUUUUUUUCUUCCCCCUUCCGAUGAUAGAAUUCGCUCUAAAUAUUCUACCAUUGAUUCUUGAAGUAAAUGGCUGGAUUUACAAUAAGGAGCAUCAUCACAUAAAUUCGGUGCACUUGUGCACCAAUUAUUUGGCCACUUUAACUCAGCAGAAUUAGCUGCGAUCAAUAUGUUAACCACCUCGAAAAAUCCAUUCUACUAUCUACCUUUAACAUAAUAUUCGUAAUGUUGAGACAGGUAUAAUACUUCACUAUCAAGAGGCUACAAAACAUUUUUGGUCUGAAUAUAAAGAGUAUCUUUAGAAUUUCUCCAUGGUGUUAAAUGAAUUUAUAAAUUCAGUAUUAAAGGGAUAUCCAAUGAUGCUUUAAACUAGAAUAUUUUCACCUAUAAUAACCUUUUAUAAGCUACAGCGUCUUAGGCCGCCCAGCGGCAGAUGGACGCGGGCACGCGACCGGAGCAGUCGCGUGGCGUCGCGAACGCCUACGUAUAUUGUAAUAGUGAUUACGCUGUGUAGUGUCAUGUGCGUUUUGCUAUUGUGAUUUUUGCAGGCGCUUGUGAAUGUAAACAGAAUCCAGACUGCUAUGAUUCGGGCAUGGAGUGGAUAUUUGACAUUCAUUCUAGUCCUUACACAGGCUGGGAGCGACUGGCUCAAUUGUGCUCAUAUACCAGAAUGCCACUGCAAAUGGUCUUCGGGCAAGAAGACAGCGUCAUGCGUCUCGGCAGGGUUGAAACAACUUCCAAACCUAGCUGCAGAUAUCCAAGUUCUAGAUUUACAUGGAAAUCCUUUAAGGAGGCUAGAAGAAGACGCCUUCGCGACUAUAGAUUUGCUCAAUCUUCAACGUUUAAAUAUCAGUUCAACAGGUCUUCAGUUUUUACAUCAAAAUGCCUUUCGGGAACUUCGAAUAUUAAUAGAAUUAGAUCUGUCUCAAAACGAACUGCUUCAAAUAUCACCUGACACAUUCAGAGGCGCAGAUCGCUUACGGUUGUUGAUACUCAACGACAAUCCCUUGAGUGCACUAGUAGCGGAACAAUUUCCGCCGCUAAAACAUUUAAAAAAGCUCGAAAUAUCAAGAUGUAAGCUUCGAAACGUGCAUCCGUUUGCAUUUGUGAAUCUACAAGCUUUGGAAACUGUUAAUAUUCAUCAAAACUUACUAUCAUACCUUCACCAAGACACCUUCAAUCUUCCAGUCCUAAAAACACUUACAUUAUCAGAUAACCCUUGGUACUGCGAUUGUCGUUUACGAGAAUUCCAUGACUGGUUUCUAAAUAGCAAUCUUGGAAACGAGGACGUUUCAUGUGGUGGACCAGAAAAGAAGUCUGAAAUGUCAUGGAGAGUUUUAAAAAGAGAUGAUAUGGUAUGUCCUCCAUCAGCUACGACAGCGCCGACUGUUAUUAGAACCGAAACUGGGGAUGAAAUAUCUUUUGGCUGCUUUGUGAAGGGUGACCCUAAACCUUCUGUGACGUGGAUGUUUCAAAAUGUAGAAGUUAAAAAUAGUACGAAUAAGCAUAGUGAUAUUUUAAUCAAUAGGUACCAGGUAGAAAAUUUUGAUGAAUACAACGACGAUUUUUUAAACAAAAGUGCGCAAUGGGUCAAUGUGACAAUAACUAAUGUGACCAAUGACUUGUCCGGGGAGUGGAAAUGUAGUGCUAAAAGUCCGGUCGGGGAAGCUAAUGCAUAUCUUACUUUGUUUUUGCCCAAAGCUAGGACAGCAACCGCGCGACUAGCGCCAGACUACUCAACAUUUUUUCUAAUUGGCGGUUCAUUACUGGCCAUGACAACAGCUGGAUUUAUAUCUGCUUGCAUUUGCUGGAAAACUAAGCGCCGAAGAGUCCCGCCUAGCCGAAGCUUUACUGAUCAAGAAAAAAAGCUUUUAGAUACUUCUUUAGCUGUCAGUUGUGAUCGGACAAGUGGAGACUUCGGGUCGUCAUACGGCUUCGAGAUGCUCGACAGAUCUAUUUCAAUGGAGUCAGAUGACGCCAGGUGCUUAGAUCCCGUGCAAAUUACCAUAGAAGGUCCUCCAGGCUCCUUUCCCCCACCUCCCGCUGAAUUUGCUUUACCAGCUCCAUACGGUAACAUUUUUAUAUCUGUCCAAGUUGCUGGACAUAGCGAUGAAUACCCAGACCUUUUGGGAGGUGGAGCUACUUUACCGAGGCGAAGUAGAACAUGCUUUUUAAAGUCUGCUUACGAUAAUAUGGGUCCUAGAAUCACGGCUGCUGGUAGUUCAACAUGGUCACUUCCAGGUGCUAAUGCUGACAAGAAUGUCGAAAAAGACCCAUUGACUAUGCCUUUAUCAACCUUUUCUACUGAAUUUACUGCUCUGUAAGUUUAUACUGAAUCAAUAUCAAAUUUUAAAAGACCAUUAACCGGAUUAUCCUUGUGUAUCUAAUAUACCUUCUUCUAUCGAAUUAUUUAGUACUGUUUUUUUCAUUGCAGAUCAUGUAAUAUAAAAAAUAUUCCAAUACAAAGUACAAGUAUUCGUGUUAUUGCUUUGUAUUACAAUGCUAAGGUAAAUGACAGUCGUAAAUCAAUAAAAUUAAUUAAUUUGUUAAAAUCGUUUAAAGCAAUGGUUUCAUUUCGUGUUUUCUGUCAAGCUAGGUAUUUAUUUUUACAUUACUUUGGUCCAUCGAGCACAAUUUCAAUUUAAAAUUUAUUGUUCUGAGUUUAAUCAUUCAUACAUUCAAUAAAUGAUGGCAAAAUUUCGGUUUAAAUUAUUUUGUGAGUAAAUGAAUUUAUAAGCAAUUUUAUUAAUAAUCUUGACAAAUUUAAAGAGAGAUAAUAUUAAACUGUUCGUUUUCAGUUGCUUUCGACUUUAACGAUGAACAGAUUAUGCAAAAAGGAACUCAAUUUAUGUUUUUGACAAAAAAUUGUGCAAUUGAUAAUUUAGUCACUAUUAAUUUAUAUUCAUGUAAUAAUCCUAUAUCCAAUAAUCACCCUUUUCACCUUUCAACUUUGUAAGUUAAGCCAAUAUUUUCCUCCUUUUAGUUUAGUUAUUUAAGAUUUUAUAUGUACUAUAAGUAUCGUCUACAGUUUAGGCCUAGAUACAGUUUUUAGUAUUUACAAGGAACAUAAUGCCUAACAUAUCAAAUUUUUAGACGUAGAUUAAUUAAUUUUGGAUUUUGAAAUAGUAUUUGCAUUAAACCAUGUGUGUAAAUAUUGUUAUAGUAUACGAAAUUUCUUACAAAUGUAAGAGCAAAUCUAAAGAAAUACUUUUUAACGCAUUUUCUGACCAAUGUAUGUAUUGUAUGUCCUUUCAAAAUAAAACGACAACGAUUUCAAAACUCCUUGAGGUCGUAUUAUGCGAUGAGUCAAUGAGAUGACUCAAU